UAUAUUAUUAAUCAAGGAACACAACCUUAAAAACAAUUAAGAAAUUAAGACAAUGGUGUUAAAGAUUUUAAGAAAGUUAAGUCUAUCCCCAGGCCAAGUGAUUGUAUUGAAGUAGCCCAUGUUCAUGUAGGCAUAGUCUAUCCUGGUUUCCCAGAGCCCGUGUCUUUGUUUAUUAUAUAAAUGUAGAUUUCAACAAUAGCUUGAUUAUUAAUUAUCUAGCUAGUUUCUGUAGCAUGCACAAUUUACUGAUAUGGUUAUUGUCCUUGUUUCCUUUUUAACUAUUAAAUCAGCCGCAAAGAAAAACAAGACUUCACCAUGCAUGAAUGAUCUUAACCUGUAUCGCUGUGAGGUUAUACACGUUGCAGUGGUCUGUGCAGGUCACAAUGCAAGUCGACAAGUAGUAACCCUUAUCAAGUCCAUUCUGUUCCACCGCCGUAAUCCUCUUCAUUUCCAUUUCAUCUCAGAUGGCAUUGCAGAGAAGAUUUUAACUUUCCUCUUUCAAACGUGGGCCAUCCCAGCAGUUGACACAAGUUUUUACAGCACUGAAACUGUCAAGGACAAAGUGUCUUGGAUACCAAAUAAACAUUACUCUGGAAUCUUUGGUUUAAUGAAGCUAGUUUUAACAGAAGCACUUCCACGAUCUUUGGACAAGGUUGUAGUUCUUGACACUGAUGUUAUAUUUGCAUCUGAUAUUGCUGAACUGUGGAGGAUUUUUGAUGAGCUUACAGGAAAAAAGGUCAGCUCUAUUUAAAAUUAGUAAUUUGAAGUAAGGACUGUUAUUAGUCCUAAGUGAGAAGUCAAGUUUAAGAGAGAUACCUGAUAUUAUAAUCCAUCAAAUAUUUUUGCUUGGAUGCAACUGGUCUACAUGCAUCACUUGACUGAAUAUGCCCCAGCUAAAAUUGGGGAUUAUCCAAAUGAUAUUCCCUGGCAAUAUUUUCAAAACAUCCCACAUGUUGUGCAAAUAUUUGAAGGAUAACAAAGACAAUCGCCUCCCUUUGGCGUGAAAAUAUAUAAACAGUUACCUCCAUUUGGCGCGAACAUAUGCUCACAUAUUUGUCCGUGGAAAUUUCUGUUUCGAGAAGCGAACAGUUCUUUUGAGAGCGUAGCUCAAGGAAAACUGUGAGCUUUGAGGAACAUAUAAUGUCCAUGGACAAAUAUAUGAGCAUAUUUUUGCGUCAAGUGGAGGCUACUGUGGUUAUUAUCCUUUAAAUAUUUUUUGCAAUACUGCUGCAGGGCUCG